AAAACUUGUCAUUACUGUCAUUGCAAUGUGGUGUGUUCAAAAAUAAAACAAGAUACCGUUUUUAUCAUAUAAAUUAAUACAAUCCAAGAUACAAAAUGGACAAUCCGCAAUUUGAUGCCACUUUAGGUGGUGAAGAACACCUACCAUAUUCGGUAAAUAGUUUUAAAUUUACCGCUUCACGAAGCAUUGAAAUUGCAGCAAUGUCUGAAAGUAUUUUGCGCCCAAGUAAAACUAAAUUAAUUUUCCAAACCCUUCCUGUUCAUAUGAGGCGUAGAGUUAUGAGUCACAAUUGUAAGCGACUGCCUAGAAGGUUGAGAGAAGGUCACUUAGAGCAGUUGAAAAAGAGUGGACUACCACCUAAACAAAAAAGGCCAUCUAGAAAGUAUCGACGUCGUCCCGCGAAUUUACUAACCGAGUAUAACAGACGACAAAAGAGAAACAUUUGGUUAGAGACACACAUUUGGCAUGCUAAAAGGUUUCAUAUGAUAGAACGCUGGGGCUACCGUCUGGCAGACCGACCCUGCGAUAAAGCAUUUCGUGCUUGUUACAGAGCAAGUUCUGCACACUGUUUGUUACAAGAUAUAUCCUACUAUACACAGAUCCAGAUCACUGGACCUAUUGAACUCAUAGGGGAGAUAUUUGACUGCAUUACAAAUAAAUCUUGUGGACUGAGUGUGACUGCCAAAGCGUACACUGGAACAUACAGAAGAGGAUAUAUUGACAUAUACAAUACAAAUGCUUAUCCUUUUGGCUAUAUUGGUAAAAUUCAGUUUCUGUGGAUAGCAAAUGAAAAUUGCAAGAAGGAAUUAUGGCUGUUGGUCCAUCCAUCUCAGACCAAACAAAUAGAAUUACUUUUAUCUAACAUAAUAAAUCCUAAUCCAGAAAAUUUAACCUUCGAGCACCUAGAAAAAAAGAGAAAAUUAACUAACAAGUAUUCUGAUGUAAAAGUUAAUAUAUUGAACAAAGCCUUUAACAUGUUUCGCCUAACUGGUCCUAAAAGUCAGGCCAUUUUAAAUUCUACCAUAAAAUGUAUAAAAACCCCAAAUCAAGUAAAAGACAGCUGGUUGACACAAAUAAGUACAUCAAGUUUACAUUUAGAAGAAAAAAAUGAUUAUUGGGAAAAUGCAAAGUUAUCAAAUUCACCAGCAUUGUUACCACCAAAUGUGGUGAUAGGUCUGAUCAUUAAAGAUCCUCGUUUAAGCAGACCUUCAUACCGCACUAAGGCGCAAAACAAUAGCCCUGAAGAUGUAAAUGUGGCUUCAUUAAUUACGAUCCCACCUUACCUCUCACAUUCACCCAUUUGGGAUACAAGACUCCAUGAACAUACUAAGAAGAAACAAAUGACCAAUGCACAGUUUAUAGAACACAUAACCAAAACUCAACUAGUGCCUGGAGAAAUCAAUGAAGAUGACCCGGCAUUACAAUAUGUUCCUAUAGUAUUAAUGCAACGACCAGGAUCACAAAAUGCAAACUCCAAAAAACUUGGUUAUGGAAGUGGAUGGGAUAUAAUUGUACCUCCUGGCUAUGGCAUUCCAUUCUGGCAAACAUUAGUAAUGUUUGGAGGUCGAGCGGGUGGCCUCCGUGAGACAGAGAGCAUGGCCUUUGAAAUGGGAGAAAAUUUCCUACCGCCAGAUUCUGAAGCAGGAAGUUUAGAAGAGAAAAGAAUAGAACAACAUCUUCGAGACAAAUAUUUUCGGCGACCACCAAGCAAGAGAGUAAACUAUCAAAAGUUGGGUGUAAAUAGCCCUUUUAUCUGUCCAUGGAAAAUAUUACUGAGUGAUUGGAGUGGUAACAAUGCAAAUGAUUUCUAUGUAAUGAGAAAUCGGAAACUUUUAGAAUUGUUACAGGAUUGUCUGAUUAAAAAGAUGGUUCCUAAUAUUGAUGAAGCUGAUAGAUGUUUAGUUCCGGUGUGUCUGCAUAUGGAAGUUAAGGGUAAUUUAAAACACCAUGCUUUGAUAUGUCUACCACAGAGUAAUGAUAUCCAAACAAUCAAAACUCUUUAUGAACCACUGCAUAGAGAUCUUAAUGAAAAAUUGAGGAAACAAAAGAGAAAAGAGCACUUACAGUUAUUAAAGCAAAUGAAAAGGAAGAGGCGAAAAAAUAAGAAAUCUGGUUGUCAGGUUAAAAGGGCUAAGAAAGUAAUCAAUCGUGAACCUUCAGAAUAUGUUAAAAGUAUGAGAGAACUUUGGCUGCCAUCGAAUAUAACGACGGUUCGGAACACUUGUCUAAGACCACUGAUGGGUUAUGUGUGCAAAGGUGAUUUCAGUUUCACUGAAGCGAAAAGUGUUGGUGUGGGUUACAUUGCUUUACCUGCGUUAAUUGAACUUAUAAAGUCUGGACUAAAUAAAGUACUUAUUCGAAAUUCUACUUCACGUAAAUAUCGUUUAGCAAAAAUUAUGGUGAUCAAAACAGAAUGAAUGUUCUAAAUUGUGCAUUGUAAAAUCAGUUGUCAAAAAGUAUCAUUUUGUACAUAAUGUUCAUAAAUAAAAAUACAGAUA